ACGACAUCUGGAGCUUAGUCUGCGUUUGAGAUUGCUUCUGUUCGGUUCGGAAUCCGCGUUCGUUCGCCCAUCGAUUUCACCUUCAAACAUCACCCCUAAAGAAAAAAAAAUAGUGGUUCCGCACCGAUUCGCGCACCGGUGUUUUCGUAAUUGUUACUCGCUGUCUAAGUUGAUCCUACUAAGCCGCAACCAUUUUUGCCAAAUUUCUUCGAUUAUUCAGUAGAAUGGCUGAACCGAAAGCUGACAUCGCCUUGAUUGGCCUGGCCGUGAUGGGCCAAAAUCUGAUUCUCAACAUGGACUCAAAGGGCUUCGUUGUGUGCGCCUACAACCGAACGGUCGACAAGGUCACACAUUUCCUCGCCAAUGAAGCCAAGGGAACGAAAAUCAUCGGAGCCACCUCGUUGCAGGAUAUGGUGAACAAAUUGAAGCGGCCACGCAAAAUCAUGCUGCUGGUCAAAGCUGGAAGUGCGGUAGAUGAUUUCAUCAACCAGCUGUUGCCAUUCAUCGAGAAGGGAGACGUCAUCAUCGAUGGGGGCAACUCCGAACAUCAGGACUCGGCUCGCCGUUACGAGGAACUUAAGGCCAAGGGUAUCCUCUAUGUGGGGUCCGGUGUCAGUGGCGGCGAAGAAGGUGCACGAUAUGGCCCCUCACUCAUGCCCGGCGGUCAUCCGGAUGCUUGGCCGCUGAUCAAGGACAUUUUCCAGGCCAUUUGCGCCAAAUCCAACGGUGAUCCUUGCUGCGAAUGGGUGGGAGAAGGUGGUGCCGGACAUUUCGUCAAGAUGGUUCACAACGGUAUUGAGUACGGUGAUAUGCAGUUGAUCUGCGAAGCGUACCAUCUGAUGUUGGCCCUCGGAAUGAGCCAAAAGGAAAUGGCGCAGGAGUUCGAUGAAUGGAACAAGGGUGUUUUGGACUCGUUCCUUAUCGAGAUUACCAGAGAUAUUUUGAACUACAAGGAUGAAGACGGUUAUUUGUUGGAGCGUAUUAGAGACACUGCUGGACAGAAGGGAACUGGUAAGUGGACUGCCAUCGCUGCUUUGCACCACGGAGUGCCAGUAACUCUGAUCGGUGAAGCAGUGUUCUCGCGAUGCCUGUCGGCAUUGAAGGAAGAGCGUGCCAAAGCCAGCAAACAGUUGGCAGGUCCCAAUGUGAAGCCUUCGGUCGCUGACAAAAAGGCUUUCCUCACGCACAUUCGCAAUGCCCUGUAUUGCGCCAAGAUCGUUUCCUACGCUCAAGGAUUCAUGUUGCUGCGCGAAGCUGCGAAUGAGUAUAAAUGGAAUCUGAACUACGGUGGUAUCGCUCUGAUGUGGCGAGGAGGGUGCAUCAUUCGGAGUGUCUUCCUCGGAAACAUCCGUGAUGCUUUUGUGCGCAAUCCUCAACUUUCCAACCUGCUGCUGGACAACUUCUUCAAGGAUGCCAUCGUCAAGAAUCAGCAAUCCUGGCGCGAGGUUGUCAGCCAGGCCGUUCUCUGGGGUGUGCCGGUUCCGGCUUUGUCCGCUGCCCUGGCCUUCUUUGACGGAUAUCGCUCGGAACGGCUUCCUGCCAAUUUGCUGCAAGCUCAGCGUGAUUACUUUGGAGCCCAUACCUACGAAAUUCUCGGCAAGGAGGGCAAAUUCGUGCACACCAACUGGACCGGAAAGGGUGGAAACGUUUCCGCCAGUACCUAUUUGGCUUAAGGAAAUGGCGCAUAGAACCUCUGUCAUUUACACAUUCCCACUACCCAUCACUGUUUUGUGGUACUACUCAAUUUGCGUAAUUUAUUGUUGUUCAUUUGUUUAGGAAUCAAAAUUCUUUCCUGUUUUUUUUUUAUAUAAAAUUCAUUAUGAAUAUUCAUUAAA